UUACUGCCUCGACCCGGAUGUGGUCUUGUUCGCUGCAUCCAGGCGAGCAGCCUGUGAGCGUAGUGCGCAGCGCGAUCAAAAGAUCCCAGUUUGAUUCCCAACAUAUUUGACCACAUGUUACACUUAUGUAUUCGGCAUUAUUUGUCCACGAUGCAGUUUCACUUUUUACCGGAUUAAAAAUGACGAGAUGGAAGACCAAACGUAGUGCAGUGGUGAUGCUGAUCUAUAUGAACACGGGAUGACGUCAGCAAAUAUGAUUUGCACUGACCUCACUUCCGGCCGUGUGUCGCCAGCGGGGUGAGGUUUGAUUUCCUGUAUCCAAAGGCAUUCUCCUCACCCGAGUGGACCAUGCGCGUCACUUUAUGCCAAGGCGUGUUAACCGGAGCCAUCCUGGUCAACCUCCUGAUCCUCUACUAUGUGUCCCGGGCCCAGCAGCAGAUGAUUGAGAAGAGGAAGGAGCAGGGCAGGGGCACCAGGAAGGCUGCCCUACUGGAGGCGGGCAUGGGGCUCGGAGGUGAGCCCGUGGGUCCCCCGGUUGCAGGACGCAGCCGCGCCCCUCGCGUGACGGUGCUGCUGAGGGAGUUUGAGAACUUCGAGAAUUAUGUUCGAGAUGCGGCGACUUCCUUUUUAAGACAGAGGCCGGAAGUUCCUUUCCUGGUGGUGGCUGACGCGCCGCCGUACCCGCCUCUGGUGCUCCCCGAUGGCGCUCGGCUUCUCGUGCUCUCGCCGAGCCCGGACCAGCCGCCGCAAGCCCACAGGCCCGAGUUCCACGUCCAGACGGAGUUCGUGCUCCUACUUCCGGACGGGGUGGAGCUGGAUCCGCCCCGGGUCAUCGAAAGGCUGAUUAAGGAGCUGGAAGGCGAGGGCGGCGGGCCGGUGAGGCUGGUGGCGUCGCCCGUGCUGACUCGCUCGGCCGUGCAGUGUCUCCACCUGCGGGUGAACCUGCGAGAGUGGACGGCGUCGUACUCGGCAGCGGCGUCGGGAAGCAGCGGGAGCGUGUGCACGGCCUUGCAAGGCGACGCCGCGGUCCUCAUCCGCGCCGAGGAUCUUUUUAACCUCUCCGUGCCGCUCGGGAGGCCGCUCUUCUCCUCGCUCUUCAUCCAGACCGCUCUCCGGGGCUGGAAGGUGAAGCUUCUGGAGGGUCCGUGUUUCUCCUCCAACCGCCGGCCCCUCUUCAGCUCCGCCCACAACCAGUGGAAGGCCGACACCCGCCUGAAGGAGGCCACGGGGAGGAUGAUGAGGAGCUUCGGCGUGAAGCGCGUCCUGCUGCCGGACGGGAAGGAGCAGUGGCACGGCUGCGGCAAAGAGACGCCGCGCUGCUUCGGCACGGUGCAGGACGACACCCCGGAUUACCUCUACCUGGAUCGAUGGACGCCGCCCUGUUGUCUGCGGGCUCUGCGGGAAACCGCCAAGUACGUCAUCAGCAUCCUGGAGAGCUCCGGGGUGCGCUACUGGCUGGAAGGCGGGACCCUGCUGGGGGCCGUGCGCCACCAGGACAUCAUCCCGUGGGACUACGACGUGGACCUGGGCAUCUACCUGGAGGACAUCCCCAACUGUGACCACCUGAAGAACCUGGACUCCGGCUCCCUGGUGGACGCCAACGGCUACGUGUGGGAACGGGCGGUGGAGGGCGACUUCUACCGGGUGCAGUACAGCGAGGCCAACCACCUGCACGUGGACCUGUGGCCCUUCUACCCCCGCGACGGCGUCAUGACCAAGGACACGUGGACCGAGCACAAGCAGGACGUGGAGUUCCCCGAGCACUUCCUGCAGCCGCUCGUCCCCAUGCUGUUCGCCGGCGCCGCCGCCUACGUGCCCAACAACCACCGCGCCUUCUUGGAACUCAAGUUCGGAGAGGGGGUCAUCGAGAACCCCCAGUAUCCUAACCCUGCCAAGAAAGGCCUGGACAGAGCCAAAAUAUGAGAGGGAGACAUUUGUUGACAUGAAACUGUUAAAACUCAGUAGAAGCAUUUAAGUCUCACCUUAAAACUCAUCUGUAUACUCUAGCCUUUAAAUAGACCUCCUUUUUAGACCAGUUGAUCUGCCGCUUCUUUUCUUUCUCCUAUGUCCCCCCCUCCCUUGUGGAGGGGGUCCGGUCCGAUGACCAUGGAUGAAGUACUGGCUGUCCAGAGUCGAGACCCAGGAUGGACCGUUCGUCGGGACCCAGGAUGGACCGCUCGCCUGUAUCGGUUGGGGACAUCUCUACGCUGCUGAUACGCCUCCGCUUGAGAUGGUUUCCUGUGGACGGGACUCUCGCUGCUGUCUUGGAUCCGCUUGAACUGAACUCUCGCGGCUGUGUUGGAGCCACUAUGGAUUGAACUUUCACAGUAUCAUGUUAGACCCGCUCGACAUCCAUUGCUUUCGGUCCCCUAGAGGGGGGGGGGGUUGCCCACAUCUGAGGUCCUCUCCAAAGUUUCUCAUAGUCAGCAUUGUCACCGGCGUCCCACUGGAUGUGAAUUCUCCCUGCCCACUGGGUGUGAGUUUUCCUUGCCCUUUUGUGGGUUCUUCCGAGGAUGUUGUAGUCGUAAUGAUUUGUGCAGUCCUUUGAGACAUUUGUGAUUUGGGGCUAUAUAAAUAAACAUUGAUUGAUUGAUUGAUAAAAAAGGACACAUCUUAAAGGCCUACUGAAAUGAGAUUUUCUUAUAGCAGGUCUUUUCUAUGUGUCAUACUUGCAUAUAUUUGCAGAAAGGAUUUACUAGAGAACAUCCACGAUAAAGUUUGCAACUUUUGGUCGCUAAUAAAAAAGCCUUGCCUGUACCAGAAGUAGCAGACGAUGUGCGCGUGACGUCACGGGUUGUGGAGCUCCUCACAUCUGAACAUUGUUUACAAUCAUGGCCACCAGCAGCUAGAGCAAUUGGGACCGAGAAAGCGACGAUUUCCCCAUUAAUUUGAGCGAGGAUGAAAGAUUUGUGGAUGAGGAAAGUGAAUGUGAAAGUCUAGAAAAAAAAAAAAAGGCCAGGCCGUGGGAGUGAUUCAGAUGUUAUUAGACACAUUUACUAGGAUAAUUCUGGAAAAUCCCUUAUCGUGUUACUAGUGUUGUAGUGAGCUUAUACUCACAUCUGAACAUUGUUUACAAUCAUGGCCACCAGCAGCUAGAGCGAUUCGGACCGAGAAAGCGACGAUUUCCCCAUUAAUUUGAGCGAGGAUGAAAGAUUUGUGGAUGAGGAAAGUGAAAGUGAAGGUCUAGAAGAAAAAAAAAAAAAGGCCGGGCCGUGGGAGUGAUUCAGAUGUUAUUAGACACAUUUACUAGGAUAAUUCUGGAAAAUCCCAUAUCGUGUUACUAGUGUUGUAGUGAGAUUAUACUCACAUCUGAACAUUGUUUACAAUCAUGGCCACCGGCAGCUAGAGCGAUUUGGACCGAGAAAGCGACGAUUUCCCCAUUAAUUUGAGCGAGGAUGAAAGAUUUGUGGAUGAGGAAAGUGAAUGUGAAGGUCUAGAAAAAAAAAAAAAAGGCCGGGCCGUGGGAGUGAUUCAGAUGUUAUUAGACACAUUUACUAGGAUAAUUCUGGAAAAUCCCUUAUCGUGUUACUAGUGUUGUAGUGAGAUUAUACUCACAUCUGAACAUUGUUUACAAUCAUGGCCACCAGCAGCUAGAGCGAUUUGGACCGAGAAAGCGACGAUUUCCCCAUUAAUUUGAGCGAGGAUGAAAGAUUUGUGGAUGAGGAAAGUGAAUGUGAAGGUCUAGAAAAAAAAAGGCCAGGCCGUGGGAGUGAUUCAGAUGUUAUUAGACACAUUUACUAGGAUAAUUCUGGAAAAUCCCAUAUCGUGUUACUAGUGUUGUAGUGAGAUUAUACUGUCGUACCUGAAAGUCGGAUGGGUGUGGGGACUGCCAGUGUCUCUGAGGGAAGCCACGUUUCUCGACGAGGCGAAACGAAGGCAGCUUUUUUUCCCACCCGAUGGAAGCAUCCCACGUUCGGGGGCGGCCGGUCGGAGGAGGCAAGACAGUCCGCAGCUGCCUCUUUGACAGGCGCACGAGGAACGACCCAAGCUCUGCUCAUGUCUACGGUAUGGGCCGACUUAUUACCACAGUUUUCUCACCGAAACCUGCCGGUUGACAUGUGGUAGGGAACCAUGUUGACCGCUCUUCCAUAGUAAAGCUUCCCCUUCGGGAAUGUAAACAAGGAAACACCGGCUGUGUUUGUGUGGCUAAAGGCAGCCGCAACCACCGCUUCCCACCUACAGCUUUCUUCUUUGACGUCUCUAUUAUUCAUUGAACAAAUUGCAAAAGAUUCAGCAACACAGAUGUCCAGAAUACUGUGUAAUUAUGCGAUUAAAGCAGACGACUUAUAGCCGGGAUCAGGCUCAAACAAAAUGUCCGCUACAAUCCGUGACGUCACGCGCACGCAUCAUCAUACCGCGACGUUUUCAACAUACUUCGCGCAAAAUUUAAAAUUGCAAUUUAGUAAACUAAAGCGGCCGUAUUGGCAUGUGUUGCAAUGUUAAUAUUUCAUCAUUGAUAUAUAAACUAUCAGACUGUGUGGUCGCUAGUAGUGGCUUUCAGUAGGCCUUUAAUGAGCGCAGUGACAUCAUCUUGAGCACACAUUACAUCAUCUUGAGCACACAUUACAUCAUCUUAAUGAGCACAGUGACAUCGUUUGUCAGUCAGUAUUUUAACACCAAAUUGUUGUUAAAAGUGUCUUGUGCAAUAAACCGUCUCUUGAAUCAGAUUUGACUAAAGGCACUGUGUGUGUAAGGCAGUCCUUCUCAAAUAUGGGAGGGGGCACGAUAUGAUACCGGGGGGGUGCGUGCGACUUCAAGGAACAUAUUUUUGCCAUAGCAGAAUAUGAUGAAGCGCAUUUAGCACCUGUUACUGUAACCGUGCUGGGUUUCCUUCAUUGUUAAUUAACUGUAAUGCAGAGGUGUACUUAUUACAACUGUAUACACAAAUGAUACUAUUUACAGUCACAGUAGAGAAUAACGGGGCGUAACAAAAUAUUUGAGAAGUACUGGUGUAAGGUGUGUUUAUUAUAGGGUCGCGCAAUACAGACGAUGUAAAUGAUAUCAAUUUGGCCGACAGUAGAUUGCAGAGGUGUGCUUAUAACGACAAAUGAUACCAUUUUUAGUCACGGUGGAGAAUAGGGGGGCGUAACAAAAAUAUU